UUUUCUUCUUCAUUUUAACUUUAAAAAGGGAAAAUUACAUGGGAAACCUGAGAUACAGAACUCAUGAUCUGCAUGAAUGACAAUUGUAGCAAAAGCAGGCCUGUCCCUGUCUUAACUUUCCAAACAACCCAUUAAUUUUAAGCCGUUGGUUCUGCAUGCGAAUCAUCAACAGACAAAUUCCAUGUUCGAUUCUGCAUUUUUCAUUUUCCAAUGAGCUAGUAAGUGGUAGCAAAAUCAUCAACAGACAAACAGUGCAUGUUACUGUUACAACUCUGCCUUUGAUUCUCCAGAAAUCCUAACAGAUUAAUGUAAACACCGCCCUAUGUUAGGGAGCAUUAUGACAAUUUACACAUUUUACCUAUCUGUAAUCCAUUCUCAUUUCACUCUAUAUAUAGAAAAUCUUCAUUCAUUAACUGUCCAAGUCGAAGCUCUUUCAAUAACACACCAGUCAAGGUUUUACACUUUCACUGACCAAAAACAAAAAAUGAAGAGUGCAAAAGACCCUUUGCCAUUGGCAUUUCUUCCUCUAGUCUUCGCUUUGCUUCUUUGUUUUGCUGUUUGUGUAGCUUCAAGAAAACAUGGUAAUGGGAGAAACCGGGACGAGAAGGCAAUUGAUGGCGGAAAUACAUGGUGCAUUGCCAAGCCAUCCACAGAAAAUUUUAGGCUGAGCAGCAAUAUUGAUUACAGCUGCACACAAAAUGGAGUGAAUUGCAAGCCAAUCCAACCUGGUGGUACCUGCUUCCGCCCAGAUACUAUCAUCUCGCAUGCUUCUUACGCCAUGAAUCUCUUCUACAGGGCUGCAGGGAAGAAUACUUGGAACUGUCAUUUCAAUGGCACUGGCAUCAUCGUUGCAGAAAACCCAUGUAAGUUCUUUUUCCAGAUCCUCUAUGUUUCAAUUCUACUUGGACUUGUAUUUUGCUAGAAGUCGUUGAUGUUUGAGAGAUAUUGACGCUGUUCUUUGUUGUGUCGUUGGCAGCCAUUGGUAGCUGUAACUAUCCGCUCUGAUAAAAAGAAGCCCGGGGCUACCGAGAAGGACAUGCUCAAAAAGUUCGUUUUGUCGUGAGAUUCGAAAUGUGUAGAGCUGCUGUUCAUUGUGUUGUCUGUUUUAAUUGAUUUGGGAGAAAAGUCAGCUUCAAAUUGUUGGUUUUCAUUUCGAUAUAAGAUGCAUACUCCUAAGAGAACUGGUUUCUACAAAUAAUACUUGAGUAAUUAGAAUAAGGUGAAAAUGCAAAGUGGGCCAGGUGCUGCCUGAAACAGAUGUGAUCACCUGACCUAAAUGGAGCCUGGAGUAAAAGAACGGGACCUCCAGCAAGACAAUGUGAAACUCAAAAAGGAGGGAGGACGAGAGAAAUAGAGCAAUAACUUGAUUAUCCCGAAGUGCCACAUUACUAUAUUUCAUUAUCCCACAAGCAAUCAUAAGAGGGGCAGCUUGUGACUUCCAGCGCCAUCAACAUAAGCAAAAAAAUUCACAUACGUUUUUGCGACACCAACACCGAUAAAGGGCACAAAAUCAAAACAACCCAGAUAAAAGAGCAAAUAAAAAAGGAAAAGGAAAAGAAAAA